GGCGGACCCGGCGGUGCGGGGCGGAAGUGGGCGGCUGCGGUCCCAGCGGAGCCGCGCGGCGGGCGGGCCGUGGCCGAGCUGGAGGGCGCCGGGGAGCGGAGCUCGGGCGGCCCCCGAGGCCCGGGCGAGCGGACAGCCGCGGGGCCUGCGGCGAGCGCGGCGGCGCCCGGGGAGCGCGGAGGGGAUGGGGCGCCGAGCCGGGUCGGGGCCGGGGCCUCGGCCAUGUUCGCGGGGCUGCAGGACCUGGGCGUGGCCAACGGCGAGGACCUGAAGGAGACGCUGACCAACUGCACGGAGCCGCUCAAGGCCAUCGAGCAGUUCCAGACGGAGAACGGCGUGCUGCUGCCCUCGCUGCAGUCGGCCUUGCCCUUCUUGGACCUGCACGGGACCCCCCGGCUGGAGUUCCACCAGUCGGUGUUUGAUGAGCUCCGGGACAAGCUGUUGGAGCGCGUGUCAGCCAUCGCCACGGAGGGGAAAGCGGAGGAGAGGUACAAGAAACUGGAGGACCUCUUGGAGAAGAGCUUUUCUCUCGUGAAGAUGCCGUCGCUGCAGCCAGUGGUCAUGUGCGUCAUGAAACACUUGCCCAAGGUUCCUGAGAAGAAGCUGAAGCUGGUGAUGGCGGACAAGGAGCUGUACCGGGCCUGCGCCGUGGAGGUGAAGCGACAGAUCUGGCAGGACAAUCAGGCGCUCUUCGGCGACGAGGUGUCUCCGCUGCUGAAACAGUACAUUGUGGAGAAGGAGAGUGCGCUCUUCAGCACGGAGCUCUCUGUCCUGCACAACUUUUUCAGCCCUUCCCCCAAGACCAGGCGCCAGGGCGAGGUGGUGCGGAGGCUGACGCGGAUGGUGGGCCGCAGCGUGAAGCUCUACGACAUGGUCCUGCAGUUCCUGCGCACCCUCUUCCUGCGCACCCGCAACGUGCACUAUUGCACUCUGCGCGCCGAGCUGCUCAUGUCCUUGCACGACCUGGACGUUGGCGACAUCUGCUCCGUGGACCCCUGCCACAAGUUCACCUGGUGCCUGGACGCUUGCAUCCGAGAGCGGUUCGUGGACAGCAAGAGGGCCCGGGAGCUGCAGGGCUUCCUCGACGGAGUGAAGAAGGGGCAGGAGCAAGUCCUGGGGGACCUGUCCAUGAUCCUGUGUGACCCCUUCGCCAUCAACACCCUGUCCCUGAGCACGGUCAGGCACCUGCAGGAGCUGGUGGGCCAGGAGACGCUGCCCAGGGACAGCCCGGACCUGCUCCUCCUGCUGCGGCUGCUGGCGCUGGGCCAGGGGGCCUGGGACAUGAUCGACAGCCAGGUCUUCAAGGAGCCCAAGAUGGAGGUGGAGCUGGUCACCAGGUUCCUGCCCACGCUCAUGUCCUUCGUGGUGGACGACCACACCUUCAACGUGGACCAGAAGCUCCCGGCCGAGGAGAAGGCCCCGGUCACGUACCCGAACACGCUGCCGGAGAGCUUCACUAAGUUCCUGCAGGAGCAGCGCAUGGCUUGCGAGGUGGGGCUCUACUACGUGCUGCACAUCACCAAGCAGAGGAACAAGAACGCGCUGCUGCGCCUGCUCCCGGGGCUGGUGGAGACCUUCGGCGACCUGGCGUUCGGCGACAUCUUCCUGCACCUGCUCACGGGCAACCUGGCGCUGCUGGCGGACGAGUUCGCCCUGGAGGACUUCUGCAGCAGCCUCUUCGAUGGCUUUUUCCUCACCGCCUCCCCGAGGAAGGAGAACGUGCAGCGGCACGUGCUGCGGCUCCUCCUGCACCUGCACCACCGGGUGGCCCCCGCCAGGCUGGAGGCGCUGCAGAAGGCGCUGGAGCCCUCGGGCCAGAGCGGAGAGGCAGUGAAGGAGCUGUACUCCCAGCUCGGGGAGAAGCUGGAGCAGCUGGACCAUCGGAAGCCCAGCCCGGCCCAGGCCGCAGAGACCCCAGCCCUGGAGCUGCCCCUCCCCACGGUGCCCGCCCCGGCUGUGCUCUGAGGCUGCCGCCUGGGGCUGCUCCGGUGGAGAGUGGGAGCCCGGGAGCCCGUCUCUCCUGGCGGUGGACUGACUGUUCCCGGCCCUGGGGGUGGGCCGGGCGGAGACCCCGGGGCUGUCCUGUGGGCAGGGCGCCCUGCUCUGCACCUGCCUCAGCCUCACCCGCAACUGGUUCCUGGGAGGUGUGCGCCCCCCGCGUGAAUGGGACCCGUGUCCCUGCCGCUCACGGCCCCGGCCGGCCGGCUCCCCGGAGCGCAGGCCCUGCCCCACGUCUGCCUGGCCCCUCACGCUCCCACAGCGCGGGGAGCUGCUCGCCUGUUCCUCCUCGCCUUGCGGGUUUCCACUGCUGACGGCCGGGCAGACAGGCAGUAGCUGGGCUUAGGAAAAGGUGACCUGUUUUCCUGAGGCUGGAGGGGAAGAGGUCGUGCCAGCAGGUUGGCGCAGACUGGCAGAACCACGGAGCUGGCUGGGGGCAGCGGCGUCUGCACGUGGAGCCCAGCUCUCUCCAAGGAGCACCUCCCUCUGCCGACAGCCCCGGUGCAGCCGGCGUGGGGAGGAAAGCCCCGCCGCUCGCUGCCUCCAUCUGCCCUCAGGGUGAGGGAAGCCUGGUGGGCCCCACCAGGCCGGGGUCGGCUGUUGCUCACGGUGAGACGUUCACUUUUGUGAAUAAAAGGCGUUUUGGAA